UAUUCUGUAUUUUUUCUGUUGAGAAACUCUCCGUUUCCGAAGCCUUUCUAGCUUUGCGGUAAUGGAGUCUUGACACGGGCCCCUUUCGCUUGCCGAACAAUCGGCAGGAUAGCUCUUGUAUUUUUUUUCUCCCCAGAUAAGAAACUAGUAAAGGAGGUCCCAAUGGCAGGCUGUGCCAGGUGUUCGGAGAUAACUGGGACAUGGGGCUUGUGGAAAUCAAAGAAGCAAGUGGCUUCCCGGCUCCACAAGUCUUGCAAUUAUUCGUCCACCGCAUGCGUGAAACCAAAAUUGAGGAGGGUCUCAUUGUUGGCUUACACAAUAACUUCACAGUUCAAUCAUUGGGCUAAGAAAUUUUCAGUGGACUCUUCCUUUCAGACCUCAGAACAGUGGAGAAUCUUUUCCUUGCCUGUUAAUCUUGAAAAUGAAGCUGGAUCAUUAGCUAACUCCUCAAGUGAUGUUGAUUUUAUUUCUGAAGACCAGCCUGAUGAACCUGUCUCUAAGAUUUUAGACAAUGAUCAGUUGGAGAUGUUAUUGACCGAUUCAGUAAGAGAGAAUCUGACAAGGAAACUGAGUGAGGCAAAUCAACACAACAGAUUUCUCAAGCGGCAGUUACAAGUCAAAGAAGAUGCUUUGGUCAAAUGCACAGAAGAACUUGCGCUUAUGGAACUUGAGCUACAGGCUUUAAUCGGACUGGCAGAAGAGGUAGCUAAAUCUGGGGUCCCUCCUGGUUCAAGGAAGAUAAAUGGAAAAUAUAUCCAUUCUCAUCUUGUCUCUAGGCUUGAAAAUCUCAGUGAGAAACUCAAGGAGCAAACAAAGGAUGUUGGUGACAUGAAAUUCAGGAAUGUUUCUCUGUCCUGGUUUGGCAUGGCUGAGUGUGUGCAGGUUAUGGGCUCGUUUGAUGGAUGGAGCCAAGGAGAAGAUAUGUCACCAGAAUAUACAGGUGGCGCAAACAAAUUUUCUGCAGAAUUAAAGCUUAGGCCUGGAAGGUAUGAGAUCAAAUUUUUGGUGGAUGGAGAGUGGCAGCUGUCAUCAGAGUUGCCUACUACAGGGGAAGGGAUGAUGGAAAACAAUCUUCUGAUCGUGGAAUAGCAGACCCAAGUUGCCUGAUUUAAGGAUAGAUCAGAUCCUACAAUCAGCAUAAGCAUUACAUUAGUUUCUAAUAACUAUAUAUGUUUUCUUCCUCUCUUUCUUUGCAAGGAGAGGGGUUAUAUUUAUGUAGAUAUCCAUUGAAUGGGCUCGAUAAUCUAAAGUCAGUUUAAUUA